AGAUGAUGAUGUGGAUCCCUUGGAUGCUUUCAUGGCUGAUGUUAGCAAAGAGGUGAAAAAAAUCAAUGCUUUGGAUCAGAAGAAAAAAGUGGGAAAGGCUGGAAAGGCAACAGUUAUAACUCAUGUUGUAACAAAACCAAAAAAGAGGGAUCCAACUAAAGGAGAAUUAAUGGAAAAUGAUCAAGAUGCACUGGAGUAUUCCUCCGAAGAAGAAAAAGAAGACGAAACCAUAGAGUCAACCUACGCACACUUUAAAACCAAGAAAAAGAAGGAUCUACAGGCCGUUGAUCAUGAUAAAGUGUAUUAUUCUUCAUUCAGAAAGAAUUUUUACGUCGAAGUUCCGGAGCUUGCAAAAAUGACCCAAGAAGAGGUUGAUGAAUACCGUGCAAAGCAAGAAAACAUCAGAGUUCGUGGCAAAGAUUGUCCAAAACCUGUGAAAACAUGGGCCCAGUCGGGAGUGAGCCUGAAAAUUCUUGAUGUUCUCAAGAAGAAUGGCUAUGAGAAGCCCACACCAAUUCAAGCUCAAGCGAUACCCGCCAUUAUGAGUGGUAGAGACAUGAUUGGAAUUGCUAAAACAGGAGGUGGUAAGACGUUAGCGUUUCUUCUGCCAAUGUACCGCCAUGUUCUUGACCAGCCUGAACUUGAUAGGGAGGAUGGACCGAUAGGAAUAAUUAUGACUCCAACAAGAGAACUGGCUCUUCAAAUUUUCCGAGAGUGUAAGAAGUUCUGCAAGCCUCUUAAUCUGCGAGCUGUCUGUGUGUACGGUGGCACAGGAAUCAGCGAACAGAUUGCAGAGCUCAAACGUGGAGCAGAAAUCAUUGUUUGCACUCCUGGCAGGAUGAUAGACAUGCUGACGGCGAAUAAUGGUCGGGUGACAAAUUGUCGACGUUGCACGUAUUUAGUUCUGGAUGAAGCCGACAGAAUGUUUGACAUGGGAUUUGAGCCUCAGGUGAUGAGAAUUAUCGACUGUAUCAGACCGGACAAGCAGACGGUUAUGUUUUCUGCAACUUUCCCUCGCCAGAUGGAAGCUCUAGCCCGAAAGAUCCUUAUAAAACCAAUUGAGAUACAAGUUGGCGGUCGAAGUGUUGUUUGUUCAGAUGUUACACAACAUGUGGUUGUUAUUGAGGAAGACGACAAAUUCUUAAAGCUACUUGAGUUACUUGGUAUUUACCAGGAGGACGGUAGCGUUUUGGUGUUUGUAGAAAAACAAGAAAACGCCGAUGUGUUGUUUAAAGAUUUGCUGAGAAGGUCCUAUCCAUGUCUGUCUCUCCAUGGAGGCAUGGAUCAGUUUGAUCGUGACAGCACAAUAGCGGACUUCAAAAAUGGCGUCUGUAACUUAAUGAUUGCAACCUCCGUGGCAGCGAGAGGCCUGGAUGUGAAACAGCUGAUCUUGGUUGUGAAUUAUGACUGUCCGAAUCACUAUGAAGAUUAUGUACAUCGAUGUGGGCGUACUGGCCGUGCUGGUAGAAAAGGAACCUCUUAUACAUUUGUUACUCCUGAACAAGGACGACAUGCGGGUGACGUCGUCAAGGCUUUGGAACUGUCCGGUGCAGAGGUUCCAGAAGAUCUUCGUAAGCUUUGGAACGACUAUACAGAAGAGAGAAAGGCGGAAGGAAAGAAUGUAGUUAAAAACAGCGGCUUCACCGGAAAAGGAUUCAAAUUUAACGCGGAAGAAGAGGCUAAGGUUAACGAGGCGAAAAAGAUACAGAAAUGGGCUCUUGGUCUUCAAGACUCAGAUGAUGAAGCGGAAGCCGAAGAGAAAGCUGUGGAGGAAAUUGACAAAAAGUUGGAGGAAGUAUUUAGUAAAGGCAAACCUCAUAUCAAAAAAGCCGCUCCUGAAGCCAAAGGGGAACAAAUCAAAGGCGAGCAACAAGCAAAACUUAACUUGGCCACAAGUAUUGCUGCGAAAAUCAAUCAGAAGAUUAUCGCCGGGACGAACAAUAUGGAUCCGACUCAGCAAGCUGCCAGUCAGAUUAUCAAGGGAGGAACUGUUACCGCUCUUACUGGCCUGGGUCUAGCUAAGCAACUUGCCGAAAAGAUUCAUGGAAAGAUCGGCUACGAAGCUCCAGUGGAGGAGGUGAAACAAGAUGAGAAAAAAACAGAGGAAGAACAGCGGUACGAGGAUGAGGUGGAGAUCAACGACUUUCCUCAAACAGCUCGGUGGAAAGUCACUUCUAAGGAAACUAUUAUGAACAUCACGGAGGUUUCUGAGGCAGCCAUUACUGUGCGUGGAACCUUCUUCCCUCCAGGGAAAGAACCGAAGGCAGAAGGCGAAAGAAAAAUAUAUCUAUACAUUGAGGGUCCUUCUGAACGUUCAAUCCAUCUGGCAAAAUUAGAAAUAAAACGAGUCGUUAAAGAAGAAAUGAUUAGAUUGGGUUCCUUCCGUGGUCCUCAGUCUACUGGCAGAUACAAAGUUCUCUGAGAGGAAUGUUGAACGCACGAUCGUUCUCAUUUUUCAUUCACCGACACUUCCUGUUAAUCCUCUUGGCGUGCCUCGCUUUCUAAUUCUAGCCGGCUGUCUUCCCAAUGUGAAGAAAGUUUUUUAGUCACACAUUACCACUAGCGCUUCUUUGACAGGCAACUUGACAGCUUGUGAACAACUUUUUCAAGUUCGUUGUUUCCGAUCUUUAAGAACCCUCUCCAUCUUCGGCUAUCCAUGUUCCUUCUUGGUUUAAUAUCAUGUCUUGCGUUUUCACUUUUUAGCAACCAUUUUUAUAUACUGUAGCCUCCUUCAAGUCGAAUGCCGUUUUUCACGUCGCAAAAAUAGCUCAAAUUUCAUAAAAAGCUCCUCUAAAUAGGAUAAACCAUUUGGAGGAAAUGAAAGUUUGUUUUUUUUUUUUUAGAAUCAAAGGUAUAGUCACAUACGCUGGGUCAGAAAACCAACCCUUUUUUUAAGUAGAUGAGUUUUUGUGUUUGUGUGCUCUACGUAAAUGUUUUUGCAUUGUGGCAUUUUGUAAGUUAGCUAAAGAUCUGCCAAUAAACUGUAAGGGAGUCUUUUUUUCUGUUAGAGGGAAGCUUUUCAAUGAUUAUCAAACUGUCCGUUAUAGAUCGCUUUCAAAUUGAGAAUCGUGCAAUCAAAACCAAAGUUUUCACAACAGACAGUCAAAGCAAAGGCUAACAUACAAAAAACCACUAAGAACUCCUCUAAGUGUAAACAAGCUAACUGCUUUUGGCGCGGGAAAACGUUUAUACCUCGCUGCCGUCUGCAUUCUUGUAAGUUUUGCAUCUGAUUGGCUAAGAGUGUCGAAAGUUUUCUGGACCAAUCACAGAGCGAAGUAAAGCAAAACCAAUGGAAUCCCGAAUUGCUUUCCACACUCAGUUAAAAAUGUCUGUAAAACCUCACUUUCUCGGCAAGACACCAACAAGCUGUUGUUGCAGUGUGUGGUUGUAAACAAUAAAAAUAAAUUAUUGCAGCUAG